GCACUCAAGACAGUUCGAAACUAUACUAUAUGCGUCAACUUCAGGUUUUGAGAGCGAAACUUUUUAAAGCUUUGGGAGAUUUUAGGACAUGAGCAAAGAUGGAGGAGGAUGCAUUUGAGGUUCCAGAGAGGACCGAGUACCGCUACCUGGUGCAGGAGGACGGUGAGGUGGAGGUGCAGUACGCCCGGCACCGGCACUACAUCAGCCCCUUCCUGGUGCUCUCCAAACGCUGCAUCUUCCUCAUCUGCCUCGGCGUGCUCGCCCUGCUCGCUCUCGCCGUCUACCUGGGCUACAUGGCCCAGACGCUGCCGCCCGGACGCCCCCAGGUGGCGACGGACUGCGGCGAGUUCAGAGGAAAACACAAAAACGGAGCCUACUCCUUUAAGGGCAUUCCCUACGCCGCUCCGCCCGUCGGUAACCUGCGCUGGGCGCCUCCGUCCGACCCGGUGUGUGGGCGGGGCGUGUCGGACGCCACCCGCUUCGGCAGCGUGUGCCCGCAGGUGCGGCCGCUGUCGAGCGCGGGGAAGGUGAUGGGCCAGGAGGACUGCCUCUUCGUCAACGUGUGGACGCCCACGCUGCAGCCCGACGCCAAGCUGCCCGUCAUGGUCUGGAUCCACGGAGGCUACCUGCACAUGCUCAGUGGGGGGGAGCCGGGGUACUCGCCCACAGAGGAGCUGGCCGCCGACACCCGGGUGGUUUACGUCAGCUUCAACUACAGACUCAACGCUUUCGGCUUCCUGGCUCUGAAGGCGCUGAGAAAAGGUUCUCCGAGAAACACGUCAGGGAACUACGGUUUCCUGGACCAGGUCGCAGCGCUGAAGUGGGUCCAGAGGAACAUCCGCCGGUUUGGAGGAGAUCCUGGAAAAGUCACGAUAUUCGGACAGAGUUCAGGUGGGACUUCGGUGUGGACCUUAAUGACGUCCCCGCUGGCCAAAGGUCUGUUUCACGCCGCCGUGGACAUGAGUGGCUCGUACGUAUUCAACACGACGCUGGAAGAGGCCGAAUCAGACAACCUGGUGUUCCUGAACAAGACGGGCUGCAGAGACGCGGCCUGCCUGCGAGGCCUCUCCAUGAGACGCGUCCUGCAGGCCAUCCCCUGGGAGGAAUACCCGUCCUGGGCAGCGAGCGAUUUAACCGACCUCCCCACCAGGGGCCGUUUCUGCGGGCCAGUCGCUGUGGUGGACGGAUAUGUCCUGGAAGCUCCGCCUUUUGAUGUUUGGGAGAAAAAGGGAAACUUCAGCGACGUGCCGUUUGUGGUGGGGUCGACAGAGCAGGAGGCCGACUUCAGUCCUCCAGCUGCAAACAUCUCAGACUGGACCUGGGGGGACUACAGCUGGUUUGUAACAGAAAAGCUUCGGACCUUCAGUCAGAACCUCUCCAGCGACGCUCUGGACCUGUACCCGUCCUCGGCCCCCUGUCCCACCAGAGACCGCUGUCCGGAGAGGGCCUACACCACCAUGGUGUCUGACAUCAGAGUCACCUGUCCCAACAACGACCUGGCCUGGAGGGCUGCAGCGGCGCUCAGCAGUCCGGUUUAUCGCUACGUGGUGACGCACACGCCGUCCGGACCGGUCAGCACAACCAACGGCCUGCUGCCGUUCCCCAGCCGCUUCUCCUUCCACUCUCUGGACGCUCUGGCUUUCUUCAGAGGACUGGACCUCUUCCUGUCCGAACCUCCGUCAGAGAAGGACCGGCGCUUCCAGGAUCUCGUCACGCAAAACCUGGUCGACUUUGCCAAAACGGGAAAGAUGGAGGCAGCCUGGCCUGAGUACCCAGCAGCCACUGCUCUGCUGUCAGACAGCCUGGACGUGAAGAAGGACUACUCGUCCACGCGCUGCGAGCUGUGGAGGAAGAACGGUCUGUACGCCUACGCCUGGAUGAACUGAGCGUCUGGUUCCCUUCAGCGGGUCGUGGAGCUUUAAACCUCAGUGGGAAACCAGCGCCAUGUUGGUUUGGAGUUGGUUUCUCUGCCUUUUUUCCACUUAAAAUGCCACGUUUGUUGUGUUUCCGCGCUGAAUAUGAAGUCGAUGGUAGUUUUAACAAUGUUUUUCCAUGGGAGAACCUCAGCAGAUGUUUCUGGGACGCAUGUUGGGAGAAUUUACUGCUCAGCAGGCGUCGCUCUGACACGCUGGGAGACCAAAGAAAAUGUCCACCAGAAAUAAAAGGAUUCAGGUUUUUGGAAAGGUGGAAGAAAAAGAGAUCCAGAUAUGUGAGAAGGUGUCCGUUUAUAGGGAAAAAAUCUGAAAUGAUUCCUUUCUAGAUCCUUAAAGGGAACAAAAAAUCAAAACAAUGGUCAUUUGGUGAGAGGCGCUCGCCUCAACCUCCCAGAAAACUGAACUCUAAAGAAAAAUAUGGGUGAAUUAUUACAAUUACUAAACAAACAGCAGGUAAAUGGUCAUAAAACAGAUUUUAAACUCUAAAAACUGCUGCUGUUGAUAGAAUUUAACAUUUACUUAUAACAAGUUUAAAAAAAGGGGGGGAAAGGUCUUGCUGAGCCAAAUGCAAGCAGCUCAAACAUGGUUUUAAUGUGUAAAAACAAAAUAAAGAGCGAAGGAAGGACAAACAGGUUCUGUUGGAUGAAUAUUAUCUGCAGAUAAUUUAACCACUGAAGCCAGAAAAGCUGCAGGGUCACCGCCGUCCUCCCAGCUGCUUUAGCCAGGUUUCAGCUCCAGGAUCUUCUCAUCUGCAGGGUCUGACAUGAGCUGAAGAACUUUUGGACCGCUGAGCCUGAGUUCUGAGCCCAUUUCACAGUUUCCCAACAUCUACAGCGAUGCUGAUUUUUAAAAACUUACAGCUCUUCCAGAAAUCAGAAGUAGACCCCACUCUACUCGUUUUCUAAGUGUUUGAGGUCUGAAAACAUUUUUUAAUCAUUUCAAUAUUGGUCAUUUUUCUGCAAAUAAAUGCUUGAAAUUCGUAUCAUUUUAUCUGGAAUUGGAGAAAAAUAUAAAUUUCACUUAAACACGUUCCUAUAAGUCCAGAAACUGGAGUGCUAUUUUCCCCCAGAGUGGUACAUCUUCUGUUUACUAUCUUUGCGUCUCUGCAGACAUAACCUGAAGUUUCUUUUUCCGUGUUUUUUUUUUUCGGUGUGUAUAUACAUAUUUGGUCCGUUUUGACAAACUUGUUCCAGUUCUAAACAUGAUGAGAUGUGAUCCUCCUCUCUGGACUCUGUGGAGAACCUUUUAAUUCAAUUCAAUUAAAUUUUAUUUAUAUAGCGCCAAUUCUUUACAAAGGCAAAUCAAUCAUAUUA